AUGCUUAGUCAGAAUUUCUCUGAAGUAAAUUACGCGCAGCGCGCCAAAGUACCGCAACGAAUUGGUGAUUUAAAAUGUAAAAUUACAGAGAGUUUCCAGCGGAAAUGUCCUUACAAAACUUGUAAUAAGGCCGGUUGCCGUAAGUUCUGGCACACGCCCUAUGCGGCAUAUGACCCUGGAUUUGUGGGACAGCUAUGGCCUACGGUGCUGGCCGUGGGGAUAGCUGAGAUAUUUUUCGGUGUGAUUUUGAUAUCAAUUGUGAUCGCUAAUAGAGAAAAGUAUGACAGCAUAUACGGAGUUGACGCGGCUAACAUAAUAAGUCUAACAAGUAUUGUUGGACUGGUGACACUGAUUGUGUGUGGAGUGAUGCUGCUUCUAGCGCUCAUUCUGGACAUGCGCAGAAUCAUGUGGAUCAGGAUUUUGACCUCCACGGGUUUGGGCGGAUAUGUUGUGAUACUUUCAGUCCUUAAAAUGCAUUUUGCUCUUCUUGCCAUUGAACGAGAGCCAUCAGUAUCGAUAACCCAAGCAAUUAUAUUGAGUGACGCGAGCAUGCUGGAAGUUUUCACUUUACUCGGAGCAGUUCUCCAUUUCUUCGGCGACAUUGCAGUAUUCACUUACUACAACCUGAGGUACCUGCAACCAACGUUGUUCUACACCGGGCAAGUUGAAAAUAUUUGAUCGAUG